AUGGACAACGGCCGCAAAGGCUUGACGCUCAUCGGCGAGCGCGUGCUGCAUCACUGGACGGACAAUGGACGUUUUGAUGUACUGGCGCGUGUGACGCGAGGCUUGGACGAUUUUUCAGCCCCUGAUGCGGACUCUGAGCUACCACGUUUGUUGUACGAGCUCGUAUGGAACGUUUUAAACGCCAAGUUGACCAAGCAGGAGAUGCUGGGACUGCUGAAAGAGGCCGAACUGAUGAAGCAUCCGAAGGCGUGUGACCUCUUGACGGACCUGCUGUGGGUCAUCAGCAACGAAGUGGAGGCCAGUGAACGUGGCCAUGAUCGUCACACAUCGAGAGAGUGGCGCAAUCUUUGUGCACUGGUAAAGUUCGUAGCAGACGAGAAGCUUGUGCCCCUAUUGAACCUCAAGGGUUUACUCGAGUUCGACCUACUGCACGACGCCGAGCUGGCGCCCGAGCCGCAGCUGCUUGCUAAGAAAAUGGUGCGUAUCAACACGAAGACUCUAUAUACACAGACCAAGUACAACCUGCUGCGUGAGGAGACGGAAGGCUUCUCCAAGGUGCUGUGCCUACUGCACACAGGCGUGGCCAAGAGCCAACUUGAGGCAACCCGAACGGACUUGAUGGCGCUCAUUGGCUACUUUGAUUUAGACGCAAAUCGGGUUUUGGAUUUGGUGCUGGACGCCUACGAGAUGCGCCCGAGGAACGACUGCUUCGCCCAGCUUCUGGACAUUUUCAAGCGCGAGAGUUUACCACAUGUUAUGGGCUUUAAGUUCCAGUUCUACAAGCGCGAUCCCCCCGCUGCGGAAGGAGUUACGACACCACGCUCGCUUUACCGUCUCGCUGCUACGUUACUGAACAAGGGGCUGCUGGAUUUGGAGGCGCUUUUGCCACACUUGGCGCCGUCUCGAGAUACCAUUUUGAAGAUGUCAUUGGAGCAUGAGAAGGAGAUGAUUAAGAAAGCGGGGUCGUUUGGCCAAAUCAGUCUUGCUGCUAAGAAAGACACUGACAAGCCGGGAGGCGACGAUGAAGCAGCAGCGGCUGCGGAGAAACGCAAGAAGGACACAGAGCACAACCAGGUGUACGGAUUGAUUAUUGGGCUCUUGGAGAUUGGCGCACGAGAACGAGCCUUUGAGAUGAUUUGGUGGUUCCAGAAGAGAGGAGUAAACCCUCUUACGUUUACACCGCUCACUACAGAGCUCUGUGCUGUUGUGAAUGUGAUGAUUGAGGAGGUGUACGCUGCUCUGUCCUAUCGCAGUCUGGAGCUUGUCAGUGACAAGAGCGGUGCAUCAGCGACUUUUUCAAAAAAGGCAAAGGCGGGUACGAGCACGAGCAAUCACUACAUUCGUCGUGUGGCUACAUUAGAAGACUGCGUGUCUGAGGUUUUCCCGAUUGUGGAUAUGAUUGGCCCGCAAUUGUUCCACGACCAGUUUCUUUUCGUCAAGCUGUUGCGAAUCGUUGGCAAAUCAGUUGAAGAGCACGCCAAGACGACUAGCGCUUCAGGUGACAAGGACGAGAACGGUACUGCUCUUCUGGACAAGGUAAAGUCGCUGCUAGUGAAUACGUUCCUUCCUGCGAUAUCUCUACAGGAAUGCAACCCGAGCACGGCGUUCUUAGUGUGGGAAUUGGUCAAGGGCUUGCCGUGUGAUGAACGCUACCGCCUGUACCUCCAUUGGUUCGAGGCGUACGACAAGUUUCCAGAACUGCGUCUGAAAGAGGCAGAAGUAGUGCAGAGUACACGCGGAGUCAUGCGACGACUUACAGCGGACCGAGCGAAGCUGUCGGCUCGCAGUCUGACUCAUGUGGCGCACUCGAACCCUUUGAUCGUGUUUCGCACGAUGCUGCGUCAGAUUCAGUCGUACGAUAACUUGAUCCAGCCCGUGGUGGAUUCCUUCAAGUUCGUGACGCCACUGGGGAUGGAUGUGCUCUCUUUUGUUCUCGUAAGUGAGCUAUCAAGGCCGCAGAAAUCUAUGAAGUCGGACGGCACUCAUGUCUCGCUCUGGCUGACGUCACUGGCCAGCCUUCUGCAAUAUCUCGUCCAGCGUCUUCAGAAUUGGGCGUCUGUGGAUCUCAUUGUGCUCAGCGAACUGUUGACGAAGAUGGGCUCGUGUUUGAGCUUGGAGGAUAUCUCGGCGAGUCAGCUGGAAGCGCAGGCUGGGGGGCCACACUUGUGGUACGAACCGACAGAUCCAAAGUUCCAGAACCGUCGAGCCAUCCCAAGACUACGUGAUGCUCUGAUUAAGCGAGAUUUAGCACUGCCGCUGUGUGUUUUGAUUUGCCAGAUGCGCAGUCGUAUCGAGUACCAUGAAGACCGAGAGCUGCCGCACCUAAAGUUGCUCGGUCGUGUGUUUGACACUUGUCAGCUCACUCUCAGCCAGCUGCUGCAGUUCUUGGCUGGAGUGGUAGACCCUUUGGUGUACAGGAAAAUGCUCCCGUCGAUGACGACACUAGUUCAGGACUUUAAUGUGCAACCGGAGCUGGCGAUGUCUCUGUGUCGUCCAGCAAUGCGCAGUGAUGAUCCAGUACUGCAAACUGCCCCGCGGGGUGUGCACGCUAUUGGCGGCUCGAACACAGCUAGCAACGGAGCGGCUGCCAACGGAUCAGCAGCCAAUGGUACUUCCAGUGGAGCCAAAUGUUGGUACAUGUACAAUGACGAUUUCCUAGACGACAUCCGACAAGCUCUGUGUACGAGCGACGGCCCCGACCGCAAGCUUAAAGACCCGUUCACAGGACUAACACCAGAAGUGUAUGCGACGUUCUGGGGUCUGAAGCUGUACGAUAUCCAUAUCCCGUUCCAGCAGUACGAGUCGGAAAUCCUUCGUCUGCGUAACUCUGUCACGUCUGGAGCCAACGCAUCACUUAGUGCAAGUGAACGGAAGAAGCUGAAGGAGAAGACGACGCAGAUGAUUGACGUGUUGACCACGGAACAGAAAGAGCAGGUGGCGCACCGGAAACGCGUGUACGAGCGACUGGAAAAGAUGAAGAGCAAGUUUUUUAAAGACGAACCUAACGACCACCAGACUGCCAUCGAUGAGUUACUGCAGAAGUGUGUGAUCCCUCGCUCUCUCAUGUCGCCUGAAGACGCGUUGUUUGCUGCCAAGUUUAUGGAGCGUUUGCACACUUUUUCCACGCCUCAGAUGAGUACCUUGCAGUACAUUCACAAGGUCAACAUGAAGGUGUCGGCGAUCGUGUUGUGUGCUACAGAGCGCGAGGCGAGCAACUUUGGUAUUUUCAUGAAGGAGACGCUGGGACUCAUUCUGCGAUGGUACCAGAACGGUGCGACGUACGAUGACGAAGCGAUCCACGGGAAGAUGGGCUUGAGUCUGGAUCUGCACGAUGACAAGAAGCGUCUCGCUCAUCGUCAGUUCAAGUCGGCGUAUGCGCGUUGGCACAAGCAGCUGGAGCUCGUGUACACGACGGCUCUUUCGAGUGGCGAGUACAUGCCCAUUCGUAACUCGCUGGUGGUGCUUACGAAGCUCAUUGAUGUGUUCCCAGCGGGUCGUGGUACAGCAGACGUGAUUUUGGUGAUCGUGGAGAAGCUGACAAGUGAAGACCGUGAAGAUAUCAAGAUUAUGGCCAAGCGGUACUUUGCGCUCUUGACGAAGCGGAAGAAUUCACUAGUCGACGACAGACUCCUACGAACUCGCAGUGCGCCAGCUAAAUCUCCGACUACUGCGACGUCCAGCAAUGACAAGAAGAAUACAGCAGACGUUGAGGAGGAGGACAAGAAGAACGACAAGGAUGACGAUAAGGACAGCGACAUCAAGCGUGAGAACUCUACAAAGCCAGUGCUAAACCGUGCUGAAAGUCAGGAGCUGGAAAGCGGGGAGAUCGUGAUGGGAAAAAACACUAGUAGCAACAACUUACUGUCUGUAAGGACUGAGCAGCGCGACUCGGAGCGUGGACGUGGUGCUAAUCGCAAUCGCAAUAGCCGUGGUGGACGUGGUGGCUCAGCUGAGCCACCUCAUGACCGUCGCAGUCGUGUAGAACGUGAAGAGUCUGAAGACCGUCGAGACAGCUCAGCUGAAGCACCUCGUGCGCGCCGUCUAAGUGAAGAACGACGCGGUCAUCGAGACCAUCGUGAGUCAUCGCCCGCGGCUGGCAGCAACUCGAUGAACGCGAUCGAGACGCGUGAACGCAGUGGCUCAGCGUCCGGCAAACACGAGAGAUCGCCAGCUCCGCGUCGGAGUCGGUCAGGGGAUCGAACGGAGGACCGUGGGAACACCAGUGAAAACCGGCGCCCUUCUCGCGAACGUGGACGUGAGCGAGGCCAAUCGAACCGUGGAGGUGGAAGAGGUGAAGGAGGCCGUAGAGGACGUGGAGAUCGCGACACGAACGUGCAGCUCAGCAGUCGCAGUCGCAGCCAUGAUCGUCAUGAACGGAAUUCGAGAAAUCGUGGCCCAAUACACGGACGCGAAGACAGCGAUACGAACUCGGUAAGGAAACACUUGGUAUCUUCGAAGGCCGCCAGUACCGGUAGUCCAGCACGAAACGAGGAGCCAGUCAAGUCGACGUCGUCGCCAAAUCCAGAACGUGAUGCUGAGUCUACCAAGUCGAACCGAGGAGCGAGACAAGAGCGUGAGUCGGAGCAAUUUGCUCCUGACGUUGGUCGUACGAGAUCACGCCCAGCAGAGCAAUCUGAGGCUGCGUUGCGUCGUCAGCUGACGGCUGAGAAGGAGGCCAAGGCGAAGGAGGUGCAGCAAUCUGUUGAGCGCACGAGACCAGCGGCACAUCGUGUCGCUCGUGUCGUCGUCUCGCAAACGUGA